GGUUUUAGGGAUUUUCUCUGGGCCAUCUAAAAAUGCUUUUUGAGCAUACUGGAUAAGAGCUGACCUAUCUACCUGUGUGGGACCUCCAUCCGCUCAACUCCUCUGUCUUCUGAUGGCAUUUUGAUUGCAUUGAGGCCAAGUGACUGACAAUGAGUGAUGAAAAGAACCUUGGUGUGUCCCAGAAAUUGGUCUCACCUUCAAGGAGCACAAGUAGCUGCUCCUCCAAGCAGGGAAGUCGACAGGACAGCUGGGAAGUGGUGGAAGGACUGAGGGGGGAGAUGAAUUACACCCAGGAGCCGCCUGUUCAGAAAGGAUUUUUGCUGAAAAAGAGGAAAUGGCCCUUAAAAGGCUGGCACAAGAGAUUUUUCUACCUCGACAAAGGAAUCUUGAAAUAUGCCAAGAGCCAAACGGAUAUAGAAAGAGAAAAGCUGCAUGGCUGUAUUGAUGUGGGGCUCUCGGUGAUGUCUGUAAAGAAGUCAUCCAAGUGCAUCGAUCUUGACACAGAGGAGCACAUCUACCAUCUGAAGGUGAAGUCAGAAGAAGUCUUUGAUGAGUGGGUAUCCAAACUUCGUCACCAUAGAAUGUAUCGCCAGAAUGAAAUCGCCAUGUUUCCACAUGAAGUUAAUCACUUUUUCCCAGGGUCGACUGUCACAGAUUCUGCACCUGGGACAUUUGACUCCAUUUCUAAUAGGAAGCGUAGCAGUAUAUCAAAGCAGAAUUCAUUUCAAACUGGAAGCAAUUUAUCAUUUUCUUGUGGUGGAGAGACACGAGUUCCUUUAUGGCUACAGUCUUCAGAGGAUAUGGAAAAAUGCUCAAAAGACCUGGCACACUGCCAUACUUACCUGGUGGAAAUGAGCCAGCUGCUACAAAGUAUGGACGUCUUGCAUCGGACGUACUCGGCUCCUGCCAUCAAUGCCAUCCAGGGUGGAGUUUUUGAAAGUCCCAAAAAGGAAAAAAGAUCACACAGGAGGUGGCGGUCCAGAGCUAUUGGCAAAGAUGCUAAAGGAACGCUGCAGGUCCCUAAACCUUUUUCUGGCCCUGUAAGACUACACUCCUCCAAUCCUAAUCUGUCAACACUAGAUUUUGGAGAAGAUAAAAAUUAUUCUGAUGGUUCUGAAACCUCAUCAGAGUUUUCUAAAAUGCAGGAAGAUCUGUGUCAUGUUGCCCAUAAAGUUUACUUCGCCUUAAGGUCAGCUUUUAAUACCAUAUCAACGGAGAGAGAGAAACUGAAGCAGCUGAUGGAUCAGGAUGCCACCUCCUCCCCUUCUGCUCAGGUCAUCGGUCUGAAGCACGCUCUGUCAUCCGCCCUAGCACAAAACACAGAUCUUAAAGAACGCUUACGCAGAAUCCAUGCCGAGUCUCUGCUCCUCGACUCGCCCGCUGUUGCCAAGCUGGGUGACAAUCUGGCAGAGGAAAACUCCAGAGAUGAAAACCGAGCUCUGGUUCACCAGCUUUCCAAUGAAAGCAGGCUCUCCAUCACUGACUCCCUUUCGGAGUUUUUUGAUGCACAGGAAGUUCUGUUGUCACCAAGCUCUUCAGAAAAUGAGAUCUCUGAUGACGACUCAUAUGUCAGUGACAUAAGUGAUAAUCUUUCCUUGGAUAAUCUCAGUAAUGAUUUAGAUAAUGAAAGACAGACCUUGGUUCCUCACACAGCAGCCAAAGUCAGCCACCAUCCACCUAUCUCUGCAUGUCACGCUGAAUCUGGAAAUUUUGUUUUCUGGCAAGAUGUGAGAUGGAAAAACAAAUUCUGGGGUAAAUCCAUGGAAAUUGUUCCUAUUGGCACAACCCAUGUGACUCUGCCAGCUUUUGGAGAUCAUUUUGAGUGGAACAAAGUGACCUCUUGCAUCCACAACAUCUUAAGUGGACAGAGGUGGAUUGAGCACUAUGGAGAGAUCGUCAUCAAGAACCUGAAUGAUGAUUCCUGCCACUGCAAAGUGAAUUUCAUAAAGGCAAAAUACUGGAGUACUAAUGCCCACGAGAUCGAAGGCACUGUAUUUGACAGGAGUGGGAAAGCGGUGCACAGGCUCUUUGGGAAAUGGCAUGAGAGCAUCUACUGCGGGGGCUCCUCCUCAUCCAUGUGCCUCUGGCGAGCAAAUCCCAUGCCAAAAGGAUAUGAGCAAUAUUAUGGCUUCACACAGUUUGCAUUGGAGUUAAAUGAAAUGGACUCAUUGUCAAAGUCUUUAUUGCCCCCGACUGACACUCGGUUUAGACCAGAUCAAAGAUUUCUAGAAGAAGGGAACAUAGAAGAAGCUGAAAUACAAAAGCAGAGGAUUGAACAGCUACAGAGAGAAAGGCGGAAGGUCUUAGAAGAAAAUAACGUGGAACACCAGCCUCGGUUUUUCAGGAAAUCCAGUGACGACUCUUGGGUGAGCAACGGCACCUAUUUGGAACUUAGAAAAGAUCUUGGUUUUUCCAAACUGGACCAUCCUGUCUUGUGGUAAAAAAAAAAGUAAAGAAAAUGAAAGAUUUGUGAGGGUACUUCUCCUGUGUUUGCUCCUAGAAGCAGCACAAACUGUGUCUAUCUAUUUAAAAGAUAUUAUCUAGAAUGAUCACUUGUGCUUAGCUUAGCAUUGUAAGUAUUUAAGUACAUAUUUUCUUCUGUGGGUUUCUUUACAAUUUCAAAUGUUACCAUGAUUGUUUAUAUGAAUACAGAACACCUCAAUAUUUCCUUUUAUAUAUAAACUAUUUAAUAAAAAUGAAAGAAUUGAAUGUUAAUGUGUGGGUUUAAAAAAAAAAGAAGCUUUAACACUACUUUUCCAAAGGUUAGGGAAAAUUCAAAUUAAAUUUAUGCCUUAUAAAAUUAUGUUGGAGAAAAAUAAAUAAAACUCUCCCAGGUGCAUUAAGAAAUAAGAACACCCAGGGUUACUCACCCAUGUGUAAGCUACCCAAGUUUAAUUUGGUAGCUAAGAUAUUUUUUUGCCUCAGACAGCUCUUGAAUUGCUCAGAUGAGCAAUUCUGCUGGUGCUGGACUCUGAAGAAUAUUUUCAUUUGCAUUUUAGUGGUUAAGAGGAUGGUAUAAGAUUAGUGGACUGUAUGUUUUUACAUAAGAUGGAUCUGGCACCUUCUUGAAGGGGAAGUAUUUGAGUUUGUCCUUCCCUUUAGUUUUAUUGCCUUAUAUACAGAAUUAUACCCUGUUGCUCAGAGAAAUUGUCCUUAAUUCGAGAAAUCCCCAUUAAUUUAAAGUCCUAAUGACAUCCCAGAGAGGUAGCAGGAAUUUUUUCCUUAGUGAGAAAGCUCAGUCCUUAAUGAAUUAAAAAGUGAUCUCCUGCUUCCCAUCCGACUCCUUUGUGGCCUCCUGUUUGACCACAGGUCUAUGGAGUAUGGAAUGUCCCUGUUUAGUAAAAAACAUACAGUGCAAUGCACACCUGAGUUUGACUUUCUAAAAGUUUAGCGAGAUAACGAUUGUUUUAAAUAACUCAACAUAUUUUUCUUAAAUACUAUCUGGUAUUUUCUACCUCUUAAUAAGCAUUGUAUUUUAGAUCUUGUAUAGCAAGUUUGACCAUCUGCCUUAUAGAUAAAUGUAGAAAGUCGAUGUUGUUCUCCUUUUGUUUUGUCUUCCGAAAAAGCUUUAAGUGUCUUACCCCUUUCCCAACUUUCUUCUCAUUUGUAUCACUCUAUGAGUUCUGCAGCAGUCUUGGAUAAUAGAUUGUAUCUACUGAUUCCUUGAAGUGUGUUAUUUCAUAUUACAAUAAUAUAAUUUGUGCAGUGGUUGAAUUGUGUUGUCAGAACAAUUCUAACUUCUGUGCAGUUUACAUUAAAACCAAAGUCUAAUUGUGAAGCCUUUUACUCGGAUGAUCAUAACAAUCCUAUGAAAUAUGUCAAAUGUCAUGAUAUGCUAAAGAGAUUUCUCCAGAAAACAUCUUUAGAUAUAUAAAGAAUUUCAGAACAUGUAGAAUGAUUAGAGUGAAGAGUAAAAUAAAUAACAGGAAAAGUAUGCAUGAUUUUCUAAUGUCACAUCAAAUAGCCAAUUGGACAGCAUCGUCUUUUCAAAAUGGAGAGUUAUAUAAAAUGGAUCAGUAGCCUUUUGGAGUCUGCAAGUGACUGGCAUUUUAAAACAACUCAUUAAAUAUUGGAUUCAUUUAUUCCAUUUUAUGGAGAUGUUAAAAUGAACACAGUGUGAAUAUCAUUUCCAUUUCUAAACAGCUGAAUGACACCAUCCAAUUCUUUGGUAUGUCCUUUGUUCUUUUUCUUUUCGAGUAUUUAUCCAAAUUCUGCUCACAGACAGGAGGAAACAGGCUGUAGAUUUAAGAGUCCUCAGGGGAAAAACAAAUCUAGUUUUCACAAUGUGAGGAUAAAUGUAGAAUUUUAGUAACACUGGCUGUUAAAUAGGCCUGCUCCACAGGCUGAAUCAAAAACAAAACAAAACAAAACAAAAAAACUCAACAAACACAGAAUGUACAGCCUGAAUGAAUGUAGCUUUGUCACGCAGAAUUUGGAAAUUUUUAAUUGUUCCAAUAUUGUUAUUUCAAAUGAUUGUGUGCUUUAUUUUGGAAUCGCAAGGACAAGUGAACCAAACAUCACCUCUGUAGUCAUCUUAUUUGAAUUGGGAGUAGAAUGAACAAAAUAUGGUACUGAUCAAUAUGCAAAUUUUAAAAAUCUACUAGUCAGUAGCAGGAUCUUUAUAAAAAAAGACUUUCCUGAGAUUUAAACAGCUUGUGAUGCAUCCUCAUAUUCAAAUCUAAAAACUUCCUUGGAAGGGGAGGGUGGCAUCUUUUUUCUUCUGUUCCUUCUCUCAGAAGCACCUUUCCACCAAAUUUGUACGUCUAGGACUCUUACAUUUUUAAGAUGAAUAAACAGAAACAUGGCAUUGUUUGGGAAGAACUGAGGUAGAAUUAAUGUCCUGGACUCUGAAUCUCUCAAUUAAAUAAUACCCACCUGUACCAUUUGAAGUACGUUUUAACCUCAAUUUUAUUUAUAAAAUCUCACCACCUCAAAUUUAUGGUAAAUUACACACAUAUUCUUGGAAAUGGGACCUUGUGCAAGCAACCAUCCUGCGCCUCACUGUAGCUCCUCCCUGCAGCUAAGUGGGUUCUGGAACUAACUGAACAGGUGGGAGUUUGCUUUAGGACAUCUGUGCAGUUACCUACCCAACAUCCUUUCUGGUCUUCAUGGGUUUCCUUGGAGACUCCAGGAGAAAAAAAUACAAACUGAUUUUUUUUUUAAUGUUGACUUCAUUUGGGAUACUGCUGUUCUCAUAUAAUGCUUUAAUUGCUUCCAAUAAAUCACUUACCUGGGCCUCAAGCACAUUUCUUCAUCUGAAGUUUCCAGAUUGAUGAGUGACCUUGUUCUAUGGGUUAAACCUAAAAGAAAAAUAAUAAAGUGUUCACCAGGCACUUGGACCCUCAUUCAGGCCUACCAUAUAUCCUACCAGUUAUAUUAUGGCCUCUAGCUGUUGUAGAAUUCCUCAGACCUUUUAGUCUUGAGUAGGAGCAAUAAGAAGUUGUUCAUAUGAUCUUAGGAAUACAUUAGUUGCAUUAGUUACAAUGUUUUGGCAUAAUUUAUUUGAAUGUCUUUAAUUUUUAUAUUAACAUCAGCAUAAAUCUAUUUUUGCUAGCAGAUGACAGCUAUUUUCCUUCUUCAUUGUAUUAAUCUGUCACUCAGUGUUAGUCUUUCUGUGUAGGAAAUCUGCAUCAUCUAAGCAUCUGCAAAUUGUGACAGUCUAAAAUGAAAACCAGUUGUGGAGACUUUGGUUUUGGGGAAUGCAAUGAUCAGAAGUGGCUUAUUUAUUUUCUUAAUGAUGAUUUUUAUCUUCCACUGUUAGCCUCAGAGGACAAUUUUUUUUAACGUGGAUAUUUGUAAAUCUUCCAUUUAACCAUUUGUAAAAUUAUGUUCUGUCUAAAUACCACCUUCCUAUUCCCCUGACUCCCCAAAAAGCUCAAUAAAUUUGUUUACCCUCCUCA